AUGACUGCUCCAUCACCUUCCGUGUCGACGCCGCUGGCUGGCAAGGACAAGACCAUCGGCCGACGCAUGCAUACACCGCAAUCUCUCGACCGACUUCACAAGCCAUUCAAGUGCCCAGGAGUCGCCGGACGGACUCCCGCGACCGACAGACCGGCGAGAAAGCGGAGAAAGGUCGACUAUGCAGGUGCCGACGGCGAGACAGACAAUGAUAAGCCGUACUCGAACCAGGACCGCCUUGCGCUCGCUACUCGAGACGUCAACAGAUUCCCCGUGUUUCAGGCCAAGGACAAGGGACUGGUUUUUCGCAAGGCAUUCACAGUACCUCUCAAGAACAAGGACAGCACCGCAUACAACCCCAAUCGCGCCCCUCCUACCCUUGGUCUUCGACAGGGCGCCGUAUUCAUUGCCAAGCCCUUGCACGACCCCAGUGGCGAGUUUGCCAUUGUUCUCUAUGACCCGACUAUCGAUGAUAAGCCCAAGGAUACUCCCAAGGCAAUCGAAGCGCCCAAGGCCGACGCCCCAGCUGAGAAGCUCGAUGCGCCGCUCGUUCACAAGAGUUUGGCCGAAAUCCUCGGCAUCAAGAAGAAGGUGGACGGAGAUCACCCUCGAGUUCCGGUGGUGAUUGAUCCCAAACUCGCCAAGAUUCUUCGCCCACAUCAAGUUGAAGGUGUCAAGUUCAUGUAUCGGUGUGUGACGGGCAUGAUUGACGAAAAGGCCAAUGGCUGCAUUAUGGCAGACGAGAUGGGUCUAGGCAAGACACUUCAGUGCAUUUCCCUCAUGUGGACAUUACUCAAGCAAUCCCCAGAGGCUGGAAAGUCGACCAUCCAGAAGGCCAUCGUCGUUUGCCCUGCCAGCUUGGUCAAGAACUGGGCGAACGAGUUGGUGAAAUGGCUGGGUGCUAAUGCCAUCCACCCAUUUGCGAUCGACGGAAAGGCAAGCAAGGAAGAACUCACUCGCCAGCUUCGGCAAUGGGCCAUCGCAAGCGGUCGAUCUGUGACUCGCCCCGUCAUCAUUGUCUCUUACGAAACCCUGCGAUUGAACGUGGAAGAACUCAAGCACACGAAGAUCGGUUUGCUAUUCUGCGACGAGGGUCAUCGUCUCAAAAAUGGUGACAGCAACACCUUCAAUGCCCUCAACAGCCUCAACGUCACAAGACGAGUCAUUCUCACCGGUACCCCUAUCCAGAACGAUCUUACUGAGUACUUCUCGCUCACAAGUUUCGCGAACCCCAAUUUGCUUGGAACAAGACAAGAGUUCCGCAAGCGUUUCGAAAUUCCCAUUCUGCGAGGCCGAGAUGCCGACGCUUCAGAGGCCGAUCGCAAAAAGGGUGACGAGUGCACGGGGGAGCUGCUCAGUGUUGUGAACAAGUUCUUGAUUCGCCGCACGAACGACAUUCUCUCCAAGUACUUGCCCGUCAAGUAUGAGCAUGUCGUAUUCUGUAACCUGGCGCCCUUCCAAUUCGACCUCUACAACUAUUUUAUCAAGAGUCCAGAUAUUCAGGCUCUCCUUCGAGGCAAGGGAAGUCAGCCGCUGAAGGCCAUCAACAUAUUGAAGAAGCUCUGCAACCAUCCCGAUCUGUUGAACCUCUCUGACGACUUGCCUGGUUCCGAGGGGUGUUGCCCUGAGGACUACGUUCCAAAGGAGUCUCGCGGCCGAGAUCGAGAAGUCAAGUCAUGGUACUCGGGCAAAAUGGCCGUCUUGGAUCGUAUGCUGGCCCGUAUUCGCCAGGAUACGAACGACAAGAUUGUGCUGAUCAGCAACUACACCUCGACUCUGGAUCUCUUUGAGCGGCUCUGCCGAUCUCGACAGUACGGUUGCCUUCGUCUUGAUGGAACGAUGAAUGUCAACAAGCGUCAGAGACUCGUUGAUCGAUUCAACGACCCCAACGGUGAUGAGUUUGUCUUCUUGCUCAGCAGCAAGGCAGGUGGCUGUGGUAUCAACCUCAUCGGUGCCAACCGUCUCGUUCUAUUUGAUCCUGACUGGAAUCCCGCAGCGGACCAGCAAGCUCUGGCGCGAGUGUGGCGUGACGGGCAGAAGAAGGACUGUUUCGUCUACCGCUUCAUUGCCACGGGUACGAUCGAGGAGAAGAUCUUCCAGCGGCAGUCUCACAAGCAAAGUUUGUCUUCGUGCGUCGUGGACUCGGCAGAAGACGUCGAGCGUCAUUUCUCCCUGGACAGUCUCCGCGAGCUCUUCCAGUACCGGCCCAACACCAAGAGCGACACUCACGAGACCUUCAAGUGCAGACGUUGCAAGCCGGAUGGGAAGCAGUACAUCAAGGCACCGGCAAUGUUGUAUGGUGAUACCAGUACAUGGAACCACUUUGUCAACGAGGGCCUGAAGCCUAUUCAAGACUUGCUCCUAAGACAAGAGUGUGGGGAAGCUGAGGUAUCGGCUGUUUUCCAGUACAUAUCUCAUUAA